CGGGAGGCAGCCACGAGAUAGACACGGCCACGCUCCGCUAACUUGCUGCCUCGACACCUCACUUGACCACCUCACCGGCGCAACAUCUUCUUCGCUCGACCUGAGUCUCACUCCUCACACCUCUCCACGAAGCACGAUAAUCAGCAACGACCAUUUUGCGGGACCAUGGCUUCGUGGGGCUGGGGCAACCUCUUCGGAGGAGGUGCUGCAGCAAAGAAAGAUGCCCCGAAGAAUGCCAUCCUGCGGCUACGAAGCACACUCGAGAUGCUGUCCAAGCGGGAGAAGCACCUGCAAAACCAGAUGGAUGAGCAAGAUGCGAUAGCGCGAAAGAACGUGACCAGCAACAAAGCUAUCGCCAAAGCAGCCCUCCGACGAAAAAAAGCCUUCGAACACCAACUCGAACAAACCAGCGCCCAAAUGAUGACCGUCGAGCGCGAAAUCUCCUCCAUCGAAACCGCCAACAUCAACAAAGAAACCCUCGACGCCAUGAAGGGCGCCCAACAAGCCAUGAAAAAAAUCCACGGCGACCUCUCCAUCGAAAAAGUCGAUCAGACCAUGGAAGACCUCCGAGAACAACACGCAAUCGGCGAAGAAAUCGCCGAUGCCCUCACGCAAGGAAAUUCGAUGCAAGGCGUGGAUGAGGAUGAACUCGAAGACGAGCUGGCAGAAUUGCAGCAGGAAGAACUGGAUAAUAAGAUGUUGCAUACAGGGAAUGUGCCGGUUAGCGAUCAGAUAUCGAGGUUGCCGAAUCAGCCUACAGGGGAGAUUAAAGGGAAACAGCAAGCUGUUGAGGAUGAUGAGGAAGAAGAGCUGCGGAAGCUGCAGGCGGAGAUGGCCAUGUAAAGUGCGAGGAGAAGAAAUGGGAAUAUGCAUGCAUGAUCGUGGGUACAGUUGGUGGGCAGCGCUGGUCCUUGGGGGAGUUUCUGAUUCGUGCCCUGCUUUCUUGGUUCACUCUCCAGAUAUCCAGAGACUUUUACAGCCUUUCUCAAACGAUGUCAUGAGAUGGAGCUCUGAAUCAUUUCAUCCCAUUUCAUGUUGGUAUUUGGCUCGAGACCAGCCCGGAGGAGGCUCUCGUGUACCCAGGUCUCACCAU